AUGUCCAAGGUCGUAUCGCAGCGGAUCCCCGCAUCGUCCCUCCGCUCCCAGCGCCGCAACGCCCACGCCUUCUCCCUCCGCCACCCCUCCCUCUUCGACGUCGACAUGGGCGCCGCAGGGCACCACGACGGCGGGUCGCAGUCGGCCUCGGCCACGGCGGCUGCGUCGAUAGCCUCGCGCAGCUCCCGCCGCAACAGCCACCAGAGCACGCGCCGCAAGCAUCGGGGCGCCGCAGCGGCCAGUAACGAGGACCGCCGCGCCACCACGGCCGCCACCGCCGCCACCUCCUACCUUCGCCCUGGACCGUUCACCACCCACGGCGCGGAUCCGCGGGACGGCGACCGGCUGCUCGAGUCCGAGGGCGACGACGGUGUCGACAUGGUCCGGGUCGUCGAGCGGCAGGACGUCUUCCACCUGAUCCACGAGAUCCGCCGCGACCUGCGCACCACAAUCGACACCCACCUCACCUGGGAGGAGCUGACGAGCGUCGACCUCAACUUCACCAUUGUGCGGCCGCUGGCCAUCAAGUACAGCGGCUUCCGCUCCAUCGCCAUCCUCUACUGCCUGCUGCUCAACCGCAUCUUUUUCCAGCGCGAGGCGAACCGCGACCUCGCCUUCCAGUCGGUCAACCUCACCCGCGCCGCCCUGUGCGAGCUGCUGGCCAUCAAGCUGCUGCGCACCUUUUCCAACGACGGCCUCGAGCUCGUCACGGCGCUCUCGGCCUCGUUCCACCCGCUGUCGGGCGCCACCGACGCCGAGCUGGCCGAGCUGGCCGCCUCGUCGUCGUCGAUCUCGCUCGACGAGAUCCGCGGCCAAGGCCUGCCGGCCGAGCAGUACUCGUCGACGCUCGAGCUCGCCAUCCUCUCCAAGGCCAAGAAGCUCAUCAGCUCGCCCCUCUGCCAGCGCUGCAUCGACGGCAUCUGGCACGGCAAGGUCGUCCUGUCGCCCGUCCAGGCGUCACACGCCAUCGUCAACGACAGCUACAAGCGCCGGCCGCUCAGCAUCUACGACCCGCACAAGGCGCCCCUGCUCAACCACCUGCGCCUGCGCGUCCCCAGCAUCCGCAGCAAGCUCGAGUUCUUCAACUUCCUCGUCAUCCUCGUCCUCUACGUGCUGGCGCUCGCCCAGAAGGGCUCGCCCACCUGGACGGCCGCCGAGACCCUCUUCGCCCUGUGGGUCGUCGGCUUCGCCGUCGACGAGCUGGCCCAGCUGCAGGAGCGCGGCCUCGCCCACUACCUCACCUCGUUCUACAACCUGCUCGACUUUUCCUUUUGCCUCAUCUCGCUCUUCUGGCUCGGGCUGCGCGUCUCGGCGCUGCGCCACGGCCUACCGGCCCGCAGCGACCUCAGCUUCGACUGCCUCGCCCUUGGCGCCGUCCUCCUCUGCCCGCGCGUCGCCAGCGCGCUGGUGCAGGACAACGUCGUCAUGCUCAGCCUCAAGGCCAUGAUCUCGGACUUUGCCUUCUUCACCGUCCUCGCCUGCGUCUGCUUCUCGGGCUUCGCCGUGUCCUUCACCAUGCUCGCCUCGGACCCGCGCUGGACGUUCAAGGAGGUGCUCUGGCUGAUGCUCAAGGUGUGGUUCGGGUCGAGCUACCUCGGCUUCGACGAGGCCAAGAGCUUCACCCUCGAGUUCGGCCCGCCCCUGAUGAUCCUCUAUACGAUCCUCUCCAACACCCUGCUGCUGACGGUGCUCAUCUCGCUGCUGUCCAACACGUUCCAGAUCGUUGCCAUGAACGCCGCAGAGGAGGCCAUGUACCAGUUCGCCUGCAAGACGAUGGCGGGCAUCAGCACCGACGCCAUCUUCAGCUACCAGCCGCCGCUCAACCUGCUCGCCGUCAUCGUCGUCAUGCCGCUCAGCUACGUGCUGACGCCGCGCUGGCUGCACAAGAUCAACGUCCUCAUGAUCCGGCUCACCUCGUUCCCCGUGCUGCUCGUCAUCCGCUUCUGCGAGCUCCACUCGUUUGGCGCCGGCAUCAGCCUGUCGGCCGAGCGAGGCAAGAGCCUCAUCUCGUGGAUGCCCAUCAUCAACUCGAGCCUCGACGGCUGGGGCGGCAACGGCGGCCUCGACGUCAUCGAGGCGGCGUUCGAGUACCGCCCCGCCACCACCUCGUCGUCGUCGUCGUCGGCCAGCGACGGCGGCGGCUCCGACACCGACGGCGACGGCGACAGCGACGGCGACACCACCGACGGCGGCAGCAGCAGCGUCCGCAGGCGCCACAUGGACGGCAGCUGGGAAGAGCGCGCAGCCGAGCGCUUCGACCAGGUCGUCUCGGAGCGCGGCAGCGGCGCCAACACCGCCAAGGCCAAGGCGGAGCCGGCUCGAGAGCGGCGCGACGACGCCUCGGACGCCCCCGCGGCGGCGGCGGCAGAGGCAGAGGCCCAUCUGGUCGACCUGGGCAAGCCUCCUGGAGCUGCCGGCGCCGACAAGCCCAGGCCGGCAGAGGCCGACGGCGACAAGCCCACGAUCGAGGUGUCGUCCGCCUCGCCCGGACAGAGCGUCGACAGGCCUCCCGAGAGGGCCGAGCGACCUCGGAGGGCAAAGACGACGUCGACAGCCAAGCAUCAGGCCCGCCGCAACUACGAGCCCCGCGCCCUCGGCUCGCUCAGCUCGCCGCUGGCCAAGCUGUACGGCCGCUUCAACCAGCAGCAGCAGCCGCAGCAGCCGCAGCAGCCGCAGCAGCCACCGUCGCAUCCCGAUGGCGAGAGUCGCACCGCGGCGCGACGAAGGUCGAGCAGGCGCGAUGCCAAGCAGGUCCAAGAGGGGCCCUCGACUCCGUCGCGCGACGGCGACUGGCACGACGACGGAGACAAGGACGGAGCGGUCGCCGAGGCGGACGGCGGCGGUGGCGGAGGGCGGUCGCGCUCGGAGUCGGCGCCGCGUGCGCCGGUCGCGCGCGACGAUGUGACCGAGACGCGCCACUUGAUGGACAAGAUGCGCGAGAUCGAGGCGCGCAACAAGCGCAUCGAGGUGAGCCGGCCCGGUACCGCACCGCACCUCACCGCACCGCACCGCACCACACCGCACCACACCGCACUGUGA